AUGUCCUUUCUAACCAAGCGGCUCACCAAAGACCAAUCCCUUGCCCUUGGCAGAGUUGCAAAGCAAGUUCGGCAAUCAUUAGAUGGAGGAAGUCUCGUUCCUGAGCUUCCUCAAUCAGUUCACGGCCUGCUUCGCGAACCCACCGAAACACACGCGCCAGAUGAAACGCUAAGGAAGCAAUAUGAAAAAGAUCUUAUUGCCAUAAAGCACAAGGUGAUGGAAGUGAUGAAUCAAGGCGGUGAGCGAGAGAAUUUUUGCGAAGAGGUCGACAGGCAUCUGGAUCAGCUGUCCAAUCCCAAGGCCCGAGCUGUCGACGCGGCGGCGAGAAGAGAGGAAAACAUUUCAGCUGGUGUUCACGUUGAACUUGUCCAAGAUAUAAUCACAUCAAAGGUUGUAUCUGCUGAUAGAUUGACUCGAAGUAUCCGUGGGCCACGUUUACUUGUCCGCCCGAAGCGUCAACUGCCUUCGACUGAAUCAUCUUUUUGUGACCCUCCGGAGCCCGAGGCGCCUUUGCUGGAUGAUCCCAAUACAAACGCUGGGCGUGAUAACAUGGCUGCAUCCGCACUCUCUGCACCUCAAGCUCAUCAGGUGACCGCUACCUCAAAUGUCAUAGUCAUCCCUGACGAGGAGGAUACGUUAGGCAGCAUCGCCUCUGCUUCGUCCCAGCCGACUUCGAAUAGACAUCCAGUCUCAGCCCCAGAUGCCCCAACUUUAUCAAAGCUUGACAAUACCUCUGCUAUGGCCCAGCCAGUAAUUUCAGGAUGCUCAUCUGCGGCUUCAGCUGUCCAGUUUCUUGCCGGAACAGAUACUACAGCAGCGCAGGCGGUGGACCAACAAAGUCGAAUCUCCGCCACAAAAGAUCCAAUCUCACUCGACGAAGAAGGUAUACUUGCCCUGCAGAAACAAUCGGAAGAUCAAAGGGUUGUGAGACAUGUGUGUCAACAGACAGCGCGAUCUCCUCUUAGAACGAAGCAAUAUGGGCGUCAAUCACUCUCCCGACGGUCUCCAUCUCACCCGACGGCUGGACAUUGGGCCAAGAGGCGGAAAAUCAUACCUGAGAAGCUGGCUCGAGACGCGCAUCCCAUCUUAACAAACAAUAACAGCCUUACUGGCCCCGGCGGUACAUCCAACUCGGUUGGGAUCACGCAGUUUCCUUCUGGCUCUGAGCAGGUGGAUAUGGAAGCAGAGGCUCGGGAUACAUCCACGAUCAGCUUGCCACCACACCUCAACAGUUCAAGACCUAUCCGAGAGUUGGGGCCACAGAACCCUGAAGGACGAGCUGGCAUAGAGCCGCGAGAUCCCAACCCGAUUAACUGCGAUGGACCAAGCAAUCAUGGACAAAGGCUCGAACUCGAACCGCCGAUAACAGACCUGCAGGCGGUUGCACAGCCGAAAAGCGAGGAACUGGGCACUGCCGUAGGGUUUAAAACCGCUGGAGGUGAUAAAGAAAUGAGUUACACUCGAAGUCUUCUCCGGAAACUUGUGGAAGUCAUUAAAGAAGUUGACGUUCAGAAGAUGGCCUCCGAGACACAGUCAGAUACUCAGGGGGAGGACCCGGCAGAGACAGAUGCCAUAUAUUCAAUGUAUGUGCAGUUCAAUGAGAUACUGCAUAAGCAGCGAAGACGUUAG